UAUCCAUCCAGAAGGAAUGAGCAUGACACCGUAGUUUGGAGAUCUGUCUGGUUUGUGAAAAUGAAUGGAAACGACCCUUUAGAUCUGAGAAACGACCCAGAUUACAGAGGUCGUGUGGAGUAUCACUUUCAUGAUAACAGCUGCACCCUGAGGAUCACCAACGUCAGACAGAGCGACUCAGCUGAGUACAGAUUCAUGUUGAUGACAAACCAACCAGAGGGAGGAGUUACUGGUUCACCUGGAGUCACUCUGUCAGUCACAGAUCCAGAUUUACAUGUGAAGGUGAUUAAUACAACAAUCCACCAUGGUGUAACCUGGAGAGAGCUGAACUGUCACAGCAGAUGUUUACUUCCUGAUCGUCCUUCCUACAUUUGGUACAUUAAUGGACGCAGGAUUCUCAAAGAAACAUCUUUCAGACUUUCAGGCUACUUGUUUCCUGCUGACAGUUACACCUGUGCCCUGAAAGGUUUCGAGGGUUCUCCUUCUCCUUCAGUGUGUGUUGAAGGGGAAAACUGCAGCAGAGUGACAUACACCAACAGAAGCAUCUGCGCCUUUGAAGGCUCAACAGUGGAUAUUUCUUGUACUUACAAAAAUAACAGAUCAGUGAUUUCAAAAUUCUGGUUCACCCCUCAUCGUAGUCAGUCCUGGAGGUUCCCCUCAACUCCUGAGGACCUAAGAGAAGACCCCCAGUAUGCAGGUCGAGCUCAGGUCUUGGAGAAAGAGGGAGGGCGCUCCACUCUGAGGAUCUCUGACCUGAAACAAAGCGAUUCAGCCCAGUAUCACUUCAAGUUCAAGACACAAAGACUUCAAUGGCACAAUGAUUUACCUGCUACGUCUCUGACUGUCACAGCUCUACAGGUGCAGGUGAGCAGUGUGGACUGGAGUUAUUACACUGUAGUGCUGAAGUGUCUCAGCAGCUGCAGUCCAGCUCCUCAUCAUCUCUACAUCUGGUACAAAAAUGGAGAGAAAAUUCAGGAAGGAAAAUCCUCUUUUCAUGGAUACUUUUACCAUUCAGACAGCUUUGCCUGUGCUGUUAAAGGAUAUGAAGAUUUCCCCUCACCUUCAGUCUGUGUCCAUGGUAAAGCCUGCAAUACAGUGACAUACAAUGUCAGAAACAUCUGUGCUCUUAAAGGCUCAUCAGUGGACAUUUCAUGUGCCUACUCCAGCUAUUGGAGUCCUGAGUCAAAGUUUUGGUUCAGACCUGAUCGUAGUCAUCAGUGGAAGAGUGGCACAGAGCCUGAAGACCUCAGUAAAGACCCCCAGUAUGCAGGUCGUGUCCAGAUCUCUGAAAGCUGGAAAAGGUGGCGGCAUAUCACUCUGAGAAUCUCUGAGCUGAGAGAGAACGACUCUGCUCAGUAUCACUUCAAAUUUAAAGCAGCAGACUUUGAAUGGAGGAGCAGUAUCCCUGGUACAACUCUGUCUGUCACAGCUCUCCAGGUGAAGGUGAUCAGUGUAACAGUCCACCAGGAUUAUACUGAGGCAGAGCUGAGGUGUCACAGCAGCUGUAGUCCUGCUGGUGGUAUUUCUUAUACCUGGUUGAAGAACGGACAGAAAAUCCCGAGUGCUGAAAACUCUUCUCAUAGAGAUCGGCUUUAUCCAGGAGACUUUAUGUCUUGUGCUCUGAAAGGACUUGAAAAUUAUGCCUCACCCUCUGUGUAUGCUCUGAAGACUCCCUCUGUGUGGGUGAGUCCUGUGGAUGAAAUAACAGAGGGCAGUUCAGUCACUCUGACCUGUAGCAGUGAUGCUAACCCAGCAGCUAAUUACACCUGGUACAGGAAGGACCAAACCCUGUCCAGUGAGGGAGCACAGCUUGUCUUCAGCUCCAUCCAGUCCUCUGACUCUGCAGAGUAUCAGUGUGCAGCUGAGAACCAGCUGGGGAGGAGAGAAUCUAAACCCGUCUUUAUCCAUGUCCAAUUUGCUCCAAGGCUUCCCUCUGUAUCAGUGAGUCCCUCUGCUGAGAUAGUGGAGGGCAGUUCAGUGACUCUGACCUGCAGCAGUGAUGCUAACCCAGCAGCUAAUUACACCUGGUACAAGGAGAAUGAAGACUCACCUCUAGCUUCAGGACAGAUCUUCACCAUCACUGAUGUCAGAGCUGAACACAGUGGGAAUUAUUACUGUGAGGCCAAGAACAAAAUAGGACGUCAUCACUCCACCUUACCUCUGACUGUUGUUGUGACAGCUGGAGUGAAAUUACCCAUUGUUGCUGGAUUAGUCACUGUUGUCCUCCUGGUUAUUGUGGCCGUUUCUGUCUUGUUGUGGAUCAGAGAGAAGAGGGCUUCCAGUGAACCUCUGCAGGCUGCAGAGAGACAAAAUGACAGGCAACAGGGAGAACCAGAGGAGCAGGAUGAGCUUCAGUAUGCCACUGUACAGUUUUCUCCAAACCAGGCAGAUCUAUACUCCAACAUCAGACCAGCUCAGCCAAUCAGACACACGGAAAGACAGGACGUCUCUGAAUAUGCUGCUGUCAGGUUUACUGGAAAUGCCACAAGAACCAGGAGACCAGAGGAGGAUAUCACUGUACUGUAUAGCACAGUCAACAAACACUGAUAACAGCAGGCUCUUUAUUCAUUUUUCUAGAUAUCUCAUGUUGAUUUGUGUUUACACAUGCAUCACGUUAUCAUUUUAAUUGUUGGUUAUUCCAAUAAUAUACCACUGUGACAAUGAAAAUCAUAGUUACAAGACAACAUCUUUAUUUUACACACAGAAUUUUCUUUUUAAAUCUCAGCAUUUGUCCUCUCUGCAGAACCUGUGCUGUAUUUAUCCAAAUGUUAAUGUUUAUCCAGGAUUAGCUAGAGUUAGUAUUUACUGUAUUUAUGUGUCACUGUAACUUUAGAAUAAGUGGGACUGAAAAAAAAUCAGCAUUAUAUACAUUUUCAGGAAAUCAAUACAUUGGGUAAUCUUUGUUUCUUAACUUCAAAAGGGUGAAAUUAUCAGAUUUAGACAUUAAACAAAGAUAGGUAAUACAGU